AGCCGAGUGUAUGGAUCGUGGGUCUCGGGGAGAGAGAGUCUGAGCGAGAACCUGGCGGGGGCCACCUCUUCUCUGAGGAUGGCGCAGCCGGUCAGAAGCCCGCUGGGCACAGCGUGGACCUCUAGGAGGAGCUCAGGGGGGCUGAAGCGUGUCUGCUCCCUGCGCUCCGCGGCGCUUUGGGCUUUUGUGGUUUUGGCUUUCACGCCGGAUGGGGUCUGCGGCCAGGAAUGGGCAGGUGCAGGCACAGGAUUCAGUCUUCACCCCCCUUACUUUAACCUGGCCCAAGGAGCCAAGAUCCAGGCUACGGCAACCUGCGGAGAGGAGGAGAGGGGCCCCCGGCCGGGGGUUUCCCAGCCCAGAACGGAUCUGUACUGUAAGCUGGUGGGAGGACCCGCUGUCUUCACCGACUCGGGGCACACUAUCCAGGGGCAGUUUUGCGAUCAUUGCAAUUCAGCAGAUCCCAAUAAAGCUCAUCCGAUUUCUAAUGCCAUUGAUGGAACAGAGAAGUGGUGGCAAAGUCCUCCAUUAUCAUUGGGCUUACAUUACAAUGAAGUUAACGUUACUGUUGAUCUUGGGCAGCUCUUCCAUGUUGCGUAUGUCAUCAUCAAGUUUGCCAAUUCCCCUCGGCCUGACCUUUGGGUGUUGGAACGAUCUGUUGACUUUGGAAAAACAUAUACGCCUUGGCAAUAUUUUGCACAUUCAAAAUUUGACUGUCUAAGCCGUUUUGGAAAGGAAGUCAAGCAACCCAUUACCAGAGAUGAUGAUGUCAUUUGUACAACAGAGAAUUCUCGCAUUAUUCCUCUGGAAAAUGGAGAGAUUGUUGUAUCCCUGGUGAACGGACGACCAGGAGCCAAACAUUUUAUGGACUCUCCUGUAUUAAGAGAUUUCACAAAGGCAACAAACAUUCGUCUGCGUUUCCUCAGAACAAACACACUCCUUGGACAUCUCAUAUCCAAAGCUCAAAAGGACCCAACAGUAACUCGAAGAUAUUAUUACAGUAUUAAAGACAUCAGUAUUGGAGGACGCUGUGUGUGUCACGGGCAUGCAGAUUCUUGUGGCUUGAUAAAUAGUGGGAAUCAGAAUUUGUAUCAGUGCCAAUGCCAACACAACACGUGUGGAGAAAUCUGUGACCGGUGCUGUCCGGGAUACAACCAGAAGCCUUGGAUGCCAGCAAGUGUCGACACAGCCAAUGAAUGUGAACCGUGUAACUGUCAUGGGCAUGCUUCUGACUGCUAUUACGAUGCUGAUGUUGAUAACAGAAAAGCAAGUCUAGACAGUUACGGACGAUACAGCGGAGGAGGAGUCUGCAUUAACUGCCAGCAUAACACGGAUGGUGUGAACUGUGAGAAAUGUGCUGUGGGAUAUUAUCGGCCCUAUGGUGUACCUAAAGAAGCUCCAGAUGGCUGCAUACCUUGUAGUUGUAACCCAGACCAGUCCGAUGGCUGCGAGGAAGGAUCAGGUAGAUGCUACUGCAAGAUAAACUUUAGUGGGAGAAAUUGUGAGAAGUGUGCAGAAGGCUACUACAACUUUCCGGAUUGUCUCCGCAUUCCAUACUAUCCAGUUCCCACGACUCCCCCUGAUCAACCUGAAGCCGGAGACAUUAAAGGUUGCAAGUGCACGGGACCUGGAGUUUUAAGCAAUGACUGUGACAGACUGACAGGCCGCUGCCUUUGCCGCCCGGAAUUCCAUGGAAACGCUUGUGACCGAUGUGCUGUGGGAUUUUUUCUUUAUCCGUUCUGUCAAAAAUGCAACUGCGAUACAUCUGGUGCUGCAAACCCUGCUUGUGAUUCCAGCGGACAAUGCCAAUGCUAUCCAAACUACGCCGGCAUGACAUGCGACCAGUGUGCUCCUGGUUACUACAGUUUUCCCAGGUGCACACCUUGCCUGUGCUCACACCAUGGGACAAAUCAGGGCAGAUGUGAUCCAGUCACAGGGCAGUGUGACUGUCGGCCAGGAGUAAUCGGGCAAAGAUGUGACAGAUGUUCCUCUGGGUCAGAUGACUUUCCACACUGUCAAGGUUUCAAUGGUGAGUGUGACUCUGCAGGAACGAUGGACUCCAGUGGUGGCUACUGUCAAUGCUUGCCAACUGUUGAGGGUUUAACUUGUAAUCGUUGCAGACCACUGUAUUGGAACUUGGCUAGAGAAAACCCUAACGGCUGUAUGGAAUGCAAUUGUGAAGUUAUAGGGACAUUAAGUGGAAUUGGAGAGUGUGAUAAGCUGGAAGGGGAUUGCCAUUGUAAAGCACAUGUUUGUAGCACAUCCUGUGAUACUUGCAAAGACGGUUAUUAUUUCCUGGAAAACAGAAAUUACUUUGGCUGUACAGGCUGUCAAUGUGACGCGGGAGGGGCAAUCAGCCAUAUCUGCUCGGAAUCCUCUGGAACAUGUGUUUGCAGGAAUAACGUAGAGGGCAAGAACUGCAACCAACCAAAGACCAACCAUUAUUUCCCCGAUCUCCAUCAACUGAAAUUUGAAAUUGAAGAUGGCACGACCACCACUGGGAGAGCUGUCCGGUUUGGAUACGAUCCUUCUGAAUUUCCACGGUUUAGUUGGCGUGGCUAUGCACAGAUGACUUCCAUACAAAAUGAAGUGAGGAUCCCAGUGACUGUGGAAAAAUCUAAUCUCGGCUUGUUUCGUAUAAUUCUCAAAUACCUAAAUCCAGAAUCGCACACAAUAUCUGGGCGUAUUGCUGCCCACCCACCCCGUUUGAGCAAAGGCAAUUUCGAUGUUAAGGACAUUGUGUUCCCACCAAGUAAGGAGCCAGCUUUUCUCACCGUUCCGGGGAAUGGCUUCGCUGAUCAAUUUUCCAUGGCUCCUGGAAACUGGAUAAUUAACAUUGCAGUGGAAGGAGUGCUAUUGGAUUAUCUGGUGCUGUUGCCUAGUGAUUACUAUGAGGCAUCGGUAUUGCAGCUGAGAGUCACUCAGCCGUGUGCCUAUUACGGACUUGUCGGUGAUAAUUGUCUAGUGUACCAGCAUUUGCCAAUCGACACAUUUUCUUGUGUCCUCGGCAAAAAUGGAGAAUAUUUCAAGCAAAAUGGAAUACACAGACCUAUAGUUAUCCGACAGCCAACUCCUGGACACCCAGUGAUGGCAGAAGUCAUAGGUAGACAGGUGGAGUUACACUUGCGGCUAAAGAUACCUCGCAGGGGCUUCUAUGUGCUUAUCGUCGAAUAUGCUAAUGAGGACACUCAGCUCUACAUCGCAAACUUGAAAAUAAACAGUAAUCCUUCUCUUGAAGCCAGAGUGAAUCUCUACAGUUGCAAAUACAGCUUCCUCUGUCGCAGUGUUGUAUUAGACAACAUGAAUAGAAUUGCUGUGUUUGAGUUACACUCUGAUACAGAAAUUUAUAUCUCCGGAUCAUCUGUCAAUUUUCUCCUGCACAAGAUAUGCAUUGUUCCUGUGGACCAAUUCUCAGUUGAAUAUGCAGAGCCAAAAGUCAAAUGUAUUGCUGCUUAUGGAGCAUCUUUUAAUCAGAGCGUGACCUGUAUUGAGUCUUCAGUAUAUGAAAUUCCACAUUUGGCAUUGCUCCUGGACUCGACAAAAGAUUCUGAAAGCCCCAGUACUGAAAGGAAUGUGGACCAUCAAUCUGCCCAUAGCCCUGGGCUUUCUGGACAUUUAACACAUGGGAUUGUGGUGCAGGCCCCUCAGAACCGUGUUACCUUGGGGAGAAGAAUACCCCACAUGGGGAGAUAUGUGUUUAUCAUUCACUAUCGCCAGACAGAGGCUCCUACAUUUCCAGUGGUUGUCCUUGUGAACGGAGGGAUACUGUGGUCAGGUGUCUUCAAUGCUUCCUUUUGCCCUAACUUGAUGGGCUGUCGAGACUUGGUUAUUGCAGAUAAUCGCAUAGCUCUUGAUGUCACCAGUCCAGAACUCUUUGUUACUUUGGAGGUUCCACAAGAGAAGUCAUUAAUUUUGGAGUAUAUAUUACUCGUCCCAGCAGACAGUUACACAAAUGACAUACUACAGGAAAAACCAUUGGACAAAUCAUUUGACUUCAUCAACAUCUGUGGCGAAAACAGCUUUUACAUUGACCCAGUUACAUCAACAGAAUUUUGUAGAAAUUCAGCAAAAUCAUUGGCAGCUUCGUACAAUAAUGGAGCACUUCCGUGCAACUGCAAUAUGGAGGGCUCAACAAGCUCAUCCUGCAACCCUUCUGGAGGACAGUGCAGCUGCAGACCCAAUGUUAUCGGGCGACGUUGCAGUCGGUGUGCUACUGGGUAUUAUGGAUUUCCGUACUGUAGAUCAUGCAGCUGUGGCCAUCGUCUGUGUGAUGAAGUGACUGGCAAAUGCAUCUGUCCGCCUCAGACAGUAAAGCCUAAAUGUGAAGUGUGUGACCAUCAGUCCUUCAGUUUCCAUCCAGUUGUGGGCUGUGAGCAAUGUAAUUGCUCAACCACUGGAGUAGUGCAGCCAGCACCGGCAAAGUGCGAUGGAAUUAGUGGACAAUGCAUAUGUAAGCCAAGAAUCUCCGGCAGACAGUGCGAUCGCUGUUCUCCUGGUUACUUUCACUUCCCUGACUGCAUUCCUUGUAACUGUAACUCUGAUGGGACUCAACCUCAUAUAUGCGAUCCUCUAACAGGGGUUUGUCUGUGCAAGGAAAAUGUUGAUGGCAUCAAGUGUGAUGUUUGCAAAAGAGGAUCAUUUUAUUUUGACCCCACCAACCCAAAGGGGUGCACAAAAUGUUUUUGUUUUGGAGCAACUGAUAUAUGUCACUCAUCCAACAAACACAGAAAGAAGUUUGUAGACAUGAGGUUCUGGAAUCUUGAGACUCAAGAUCAGAGUCAGGUGGCUCUCACCUUCAAUCCAGGCAGUAAUAGUGUCGUAGCCGAUAUCCAAGAACUACCUCCAUCAGUUCAUAGCUUGUACUGGGUAGCACCAAGACCAUACCUCAGGGAGAAGCUGUCGGCUUAUGGUGGGUUUCUGACGUACCAGCUAAAGUCCUUUGGCCUGCCAAGUGAAGGAAUGUCUCUUCUAGACAAACAGCCAGAUGUUAUGUUAACAGGUAGACAAAUGACUAUUGUUUACGUGGAUCCGAAUGAUCCGUCACCAGACAGACAGUAUUAUGGACGUGUCCAAUUAGUGGAGUCAAAUUUCAGGCAUGUGAACAGUAAUAGCAUGGUUUCUCGAGAAGAGUUGAUGACGGUCCUGUCCAAAUUAGACAGCCUGCAGAUUCGAGCACUGUACUUCAGAGAGACCCAGCGCCUAACCCUAGCAGAAGUGGGCUUAGAAGACAUCACUUCUUCAAGAGGUGGGAAGGUUGCCUACAGUGUUGAGAUCUGUUCCUGCCCGCCUGAAUACACAGGUGACUCAUGCCAGGAAUGUGCUCCGGGAUACUAUAGGGACAACAAGGGUCUUUCCUUGGGAAAGUGUGUUCCAUGCAGAUGUAACGGACAUUCGACCAGAUGUCACGAUGGUUCGGGAAUAUGCAUUAACUGCCAGCAUAACACUGCCGGUGACAACUGUGAAUUCUGUAAAGAAGGCUACGCUGGAAACGCUACGCUUGGGACAUGUCAGUUAUGUCCUUGCCCUUUGUCUGUGCCUUCAAACAGCUUUGCCACCGGAUGUGUUGGAGCUGGCAGGAACGUCCAGUGUUUCUGUAAACCCGGCUACACAGGCGUAAGCUGUGAACAAUGUGCUUCAGGCUACUAUGGAAACCCAUUAAAGUUUGGCAGUAGCUGUAAACCAUGUAACUGUGGAAACAAUGGGCGAUUAGGCAGUUGUGACCCUCUCACAGGAGAGUGCCUUGACGAGGAUCCAAAAGACACAGAUGGUGAAGAUGAGUCAUGUGACAGCUGUGUAAACACGCUUCUCUUGGAUCUGUCCACCAUGAGAGAUGAACUCAAUCUAAUUAAGGCCAAGCUUCAGAACAUAGGUGCAAGCAGCCAGGCACUAGAUCAGAUGAAAGCAUUGGAGGCACGCAUCAGAGAAGUACAGUCUCAGUAUGAAAGCUACAACAAUAAAAUUAUAAGUCAGAAAUUAAGAGUGGACCAGCUGGAGACAGAUACUAAUGGCCUCAAGAAAGAGAUAACUGCUUUGUUAGAAAAGGCUGCACUGAAUGUUAGGAAGUAUGAAACGCUAUCAAUGAAUGCAGAGGACACCUUUCGAAAUGCUAGCCACCUGCUUUUGACCAUAGAUCUUCUCCUGAAGAACAUAAACAUCCUGGUCAAGGAUUUUACUAGCAAUCAGGGAAACACUUCACCUUCUGGGGACAUCACCAAGAAUAUGGCUGAGGUUCAGCGCAUGUUAAACGAAAUGCGAAAACGCAACUUUGGUACACAGAAAAGAGAGGCAGAAAAUGAGAAAGAGGAAGCUAAAGCUUUACUUAGUCGUGUAAGGAACGAGUUUCAGAAGCACCAGGACCAGCACAAGGACCUUAUAAGAGAAAUCACUAGGUCUAUUAACGAGUAUGAAGCUAAGUUAAAUGACCUCCGGGAGGCAAUGGAUGAAGCGUCUGGACAAACUAAGCAAGCUAAUAGCCAAAACAGAGAUAAUGAAAUCAUGCUAGAAGAAAUUAAGAAAAGGGUUAAAGAUCUAAGUAGACAACAAAAAGAGGCUUCGAGUCAUCUCAAUGCUGCAGAAACUAGCCUGGGACAGACAAGCAGCAUGUUACGGUUGCUCCAGAAGAGCAAAGAGGAAUAUGAAAAGCUUGCUGCCCAACUGGACGGUGCUAAGCAGGAGCUUAAUGAAAAGGUGUCCACUCUUUCUAAAGCAGCCAGUAAGGAGCCUCUGGUGAUAAUGGCAGAGAAGCAUGCCCAGUCAUUACAGGAUCUAGCCAAUCAGUUGGCUGAGAUUAAGAGGAACAUUAGUAGUGAGGAGCUAGUGCAGUGUGCCGUGGAUGCAGCAAAUGCCUAUGAAGACAUCAUAAAAGCUGUGAAGGAGGCAGAUGAGGCCUCAAAGAAGGCAAAUGGGGCAGCUGAUUCUGCACUAAAAAAAGUACAAAACGAAGACCUACCAGGAAAGGCUAAGCAAUCAAAGGAAGAUUCAGAAGCAUUGUUGAAUCAGGCCAAGAAUACCCAAAAAUCAUUGCGAGAUAUCAAUCCAGAACUUGAAGAUAUAAAAGACAGGUUAGUAGAGGCCAAGGAUAAGAAGAACCGAUUGUCUGGUGACUUGACUGCUCUGCAAACGAGUAUUAAUGAAAUCAAAAGAGAUGACAUUGAUAAAAUGAUCAAAAACGCCAAGGAUUUAGUUACAAAUGCCAACCAAAUUACCAGUAAUGUCCUGGAAGAAUUAAAGCCCAUUGAUGUUGAUGUGAAGAAUUUAAAUCGAUCUAUUGGAGACACACAAAGCUCAACUUUCAAUGAGGCUUUGGCAGAGGCAAGCAAUUCAGUGAAGAACCUAACAGGAAGCCUUCCGGGCCUCUUUGAAGCUAUGAAUCGUAUUAACGAUCUGAUGCCAUUAGGAAACAUUUCUGAGGACGUGAGCCGCAUAAGAGAGCUCAUUCAGCAAGCGCGUGACGCUGCAAACAAGGUUGCUGUUCCAAUGCGGUUUAAUGGUACUUCUGGAGUAGAAGUUCAUCCUCCAAGCAACCUGGAAGAUUUAAAAGCCUACACGUCACUUUCAUUUUAUCUUCAAAGACCAGCAUCCAGGACAGACCGCCGAAAGCGCCAACUUCCACCAAAUAUGUUUGUGAUGUACCUGGGCAGUAAGGAUGCCACCAGGGAUUACAUGGGAUUUGCUGUUGAAGAUGACAGACUUAUUUAUGUUCUUAAUUUGGGAGGCAAUGAAGCAAAAAUACGCGUGACCCCUUAUGUAUCAGACAAUAACCCACAAGAAGCUAUUAUGGAUCGAGUCGUUUUGGAAAGAAUAUAUCAGUAUGCAACCCUGCAAUAUACAAAAUCAUAUACAUCUACUAAACCAGAUCCUGUUGAUAAUUACAAAACUGAAGCGGACGGGUACACCCUUCUGAACCUCGAUCCCAACGAUGUUGUCUUUUAUGUUGGAGGCUACCCUGCAGACUUCAGACCACCACAAAGUUUGAACUAUCGCAACUUCAGGGGAUGCAUCGAAUUUGAGUUUCUCAACCAGAUUGGAGUCAGCCUAUAUAAUUUCAAGAGAACAUUCAACCUUAACACUACCGAAGUGGAACCAUGCAGCAGAUACAAAGAGGAGUCGGAGAGAAGUUACUUUGAAGGCUUUGGAUAUGCAAUCAUAAAGUACAGAUUACCCAGUAUCAAAAUUUUGACCUAUGAACAAACUAUCCAGACCACAGCAGAUCUUGGCUUGUUGUUCUUUGCAGAAAAUGAGGACAAUUACAUAAGUCUUAAUAUUGAAGAUGGCUUCCUGAUGCUUAGGUACAAACUAAACUCAGACACGGUGAAAGAAGCAAAAAGUACUCUUGGCCGUAUCAAUGAUGGGAACGAAUAUCUGAUCGUAAUGAGGAUUUCAGCCAGGGACAGAAUGAUCCGUAUUUCUCAUUCUCAAGUUGCAAUAUUACUCAGUGAAGUGGACAUCUUUAGUUUUGACACAUACUACUUGGGUGGAGUCCCGACAUCAAUUAGAGAAAAAUUUGAUAUCAAAACCCCUUCUUUCCGUGGUUGUGUUAAAAAUGUGAAGAACCCGGUCAGUUCUGCGUCAUUUCAGGAAACCUAUGGUGUCAGUCGGAGAUGCUUUGAUGGUUGGAGUACUAUCCGCACAGCAGAGUUUUCCCGUGGUGGGACUCUUGGACUGAAACCAGACGGAUUCCGGUUCCCUAGUGACUUCCAGGCAUCUUUUGGAUUUCAGACUUCACAGACUAGUGCCAUGUUGUUUAAUCAUUACACGGAGUCUGAAGAAUUACACAUUGCUUUAAAAGAUGGAACAGUAACAGUUAAAACAAAAACUGAUGAACUGCAGUCAGUGGAGAGAUACGCAGAUGGAAGGAACCAUUAUGUGUCUGUGAUAAGACAAGAUGACCAACUCAAACUCUUAAUCGAUGAUGAGCAGGUGACCAAAAACAUUGGGUCUUCAGUGUCCUCAGGAGAUUCGCCAAGAAACAUAUACCUCGGUGGAAAUAAUUUUGAGGGUUGUGUCACUAAUGUUUUCAUCCAGAGGUCAGCACAAGACCCUAGAGUGGAAAACCUUUUUGAUAAUAAAGAAAAGCAAAAGGUCUCGCUUGGAACUUGUAUGGUUGAGGAACCUCCUUUGUCUUUAAUUCUGAAUGAACUUCGAAGUCCUUAUCCUUUCAUCCUAAACGAUAAUGAGCUGAGUUAUGUAGAUGUGAUGACAAAUGCAAUGAAUAAAAAUGUACAGAAGGUACCACAAAAAUGUGGCGGUUCUUCCAACUUCACAAUACCUAGUGGAGCCUAUCGGUUUGGAGAGUCUCCUGCAAGUCACAUUAUCUAUGAUCUGAAUAAACCACUUUCGCAGGACAGGUCCCAUUUCUCAUUGGAAGUGCGCACAGAUGAACCAUCUGGCUUGGUUUUUAUGAUGAGUGACUCCUACGAGACAAGUCACCUGACUCUUCAUAUUUCUAAAGGGCGUUUUGUGUUUUCUUUGGCCACCAAAGGAAACAAAAUCAAAAUUAGAAGCCAAGACAAAUACAAUGAUGGAAAGUGGCAUACGGUUGUGUUUAGCUGGGAUGGGUUCAAUGGCCGUCUUGUGGUUGAUGGUCUGAAAUCCCGCAAGGGUAGCCUGACAAGACGAGUCAGUCUGGAAGGAAUGUCCUCCGUCCAUCUUGGGGGCCUCCUAUCACUAAAAUUACAGGGCAUUUCAAAGAAGAGCUUCACAGGAUGCUUGAGAAAUGUGCAAGUGAAUGGUAUUCCUUUGGAAAGACUUUCUCUGUCCUCGGGAGUUGUCCCGUGUUACGAGGGAGCCUUUGAAACAGGGGUAUACUUUGCUCAUGACGGAGGACACAUUAUUGUAGAAAAAGCUUUUGUUUUGGGACCAGAAUUUGAAAUGGUUUUAGACAUCCGACCACAAAGCCCGACAGGUGUCUUACUACACAUUGCAAAUAGAUUCAUUCUGUAUAUGGAUUCUGGAAAGGUGACUCUUUCAGUGAACGAAGGUCCCGGAGAAUCCUGGGUUUCUGUGACGUCUCAAAAAUCAUUGUGUGAUGGAGAGUGGCAUACAGUAACAGUAACCACAAAGAGAAAUAUAGUGGCGUUGGACAUAGACGAGGUGUCGGAACAAGCAACUGGGUCAAAUUCUGCUCUGUUUACCAGCACCAAGGCACCGUUAUAUCUUGGAGGAGUGCCAGCUUCCUUGAAAACACAACGGAUCCCUGUGAGGACUUCUUUCGUGGGCUGUCUGAAGAACUUGAAAAUGAAUAAGAAAGUGAUCUCCUUCAGUAAAAUCUCUGAGCUUCACGGUGCUAUCAGCUUAAGCAGAUGUCCUACCGCUUAGCCGAUGUUUUAAAGCCAUGGAUAAAUCACCAGGAAAUAUGCAUCAAUAUGGAUCUAUGAAGCGCUGCUAUGUAGAUGCAAUCCUGCUGUACGAACGUAAACAAAUUGUGUUCUAUAUUGUAAAAAUGAACAAUUUUAAAAGAA